AUGGAGACUAGUGAUUUUUUUCCUACAGUAGUAACUUACAACAUUGUGCUUCUGGGAUUAUGCAAAGCUCAUAGAAUUGACGAAGGCAUUGGAAUGCUGGCAAAAAUGGUCAAAAAGGGUUGCCGGCCAAAUGAAACUUCAUAUGUUCUACUACUCGAAGGUAUUGGUUUUGCGGGAUGGAAAGUAGAGGCCAUGGAGCUCGCAAAUUCUCUAUGCAAGAAAAAUAUUAUUUCUCAACACUCCUUCAAGCGUUUGAACAGAACCUUUCCCGUGCUAGAAGUUUAUUAUGGUUUUAGUAACUCAGAAACUAAGAACUAA